CGCCCGCUCGUGUAGGCCCAUUGGGCGCGCUUCAAUUUGUCUCACUUAGCGUGUGCGGACUAGGUUUCUAUGCGUUAUUAUUCUAAGCAUAUACCUACAUCGAUGUCACGUCUGGUUUUAUAAAUUGAUGUGCGAGAGAAGUGUGUUGAGAACCAAAGUUUUAAAUUAAAAUUCAAUAUUCUAAUGCUUAAAAAUCACUUUGCACAUUGAGUACGGAAUGUUAUUGUGAUAAUUUAAAGACAAUUUAAAAAUGAACUAUUGCAUAACAGUAUUUCAGGGGCUUAUAUUUUCGCUUCAAUGUAUGCCAAAGUUCGAAGCAUUUACGUUGUCUCAGGCACUACCGGUAAACAAUACAAGAAAGGUGGUGAACAGGACGGUAGACAGGAGGCAAGGUAGUGGAGAAUCAACUGUAGGAGCAAUUAGACGAAAUGAAAAUGAACGCGGGAGGCUUGGACCCACUUGGGGCCCCAGUUACCGUCCUCACUACGGUUAUGAACCUUAUUGGGCGGCCGGCAACUGGGUUAACAAAGAAGCGGUGAAACCGCCAACAAAAGAGGAGUUCGUCAAAUUUAUAGAAUAUAACGGUACAGGACCAACACCUGAGGGCUACAGAGGCACUGAGCAUUGUCCCAUCCCGUGCCCAAAGUUAUAUAGCGAGUCAGGUCCCGUGUGCGCGCGCACGUCUGUUCUUGAGGUCUUCGAAGUCCUGUCCAUUCAAUCGGCUGGUAUAUACUACAUUGGAGGGGCGGAGUGGAUCCACAGAAUAUUUGAAGGAGCCGAAGAAAAUAAACAAAAUCUUAUAAUUGAUGAUUUCAGACGGGACACUGACAGAAACGCCUUAGAGAAGCGUAAACAAAACAAUAACGACGCUUUUAACAACUCAGACAUAGCACAAUGGAAGGAAGAUUAUUAUUACGCACCUACUUCAGGUUAUGAGCCAUACUGGAAGGGUGGAGACUGGGUGUUGGUGGAUUGGGAUCAGUUGAAGUCACAGAGCGGAGUGCCUACAUACAGUCCACGUAUACAACGAGAAGAUCCUAAGUAUUGUGAAAAGCCUUGUCCAGAAAUAUUUCUCAAAAAUCCUACACCUGUAUGUGGUGCUCGAAUAUCUUAUAAUCAAUACGUAACAUUUAAGAGCAUGUGUGAAUUUUUACAAGAAAGAUGCGAUUAUGAAUAUUGGAAACUAACCAAGCACCCAUGGCAGUUGUGGAGAUUUUGGUGGUGGGGUUUAACUUGGCAAUUUUUACAUGAAGGACCGUGUACAAAUGAUUACGAAAACAAUUGGAACAUCAGUGGAGUCAAUGUUGGUUGGAGACUUCCAGGCCACCUGCAGCAUUUAGGGAAUCGAUUCUUGCCUCAAAACUUCAAUUUCACUCCAAUACCUUUAGGUCAAACGGCGAAUUUUUUCAGGUUUCCCUUUUAGUGAGCAUCAUUUACUUUAAAUUACAGCUACUUUAAAUUACUUUUUUUUAAAUGAGAAAGAGUUGGGUAAUUCUGCAAACGGAAUAAAAUAGGGCACAUCUAACAUUUUUAUCAAAAUUGAGAACAUACUCCGGAUCAGGAAAUAAAUGC